AUGCUCACUACAUACAAUAUAAUCUGGAAAAAGGAAGAGAAUGCAAAUAUAAAAAGUGAAAAGAAAAGUGAAACUCUGAAUGAACGAGAAAUUGGGAACGAACAAAAUGAUAGAGUAGUAUCCCCCAUUUCAGACUUUGAAGAAUUAAUAAAUGACGUAGAAGAUUUAUUAGAAGAAGAGCAAAUUAACGAAACAGAAAAGUUAUAUAAAGAAUCUAAAUCACCAAACGAAAAAUUUAAUAAAAAAAAUAAACUAAGCAUAACGGAUUUAUCUGCUCAACUAUGGUGUGAACAACAAUUAGAAUUAGUAUUAACUACAGGGAAAAGAAGAGAAACAGAAGCAAUGAGAUUAGGUAUAGAAAGACAUGAAGUUUUAGAAAAAGCAGAUCAUCUAAUAAUUGACGUAGAGGUAAAUACGAGAGAAGAAUCAUUAGGAUAUCGUCUACUAAAUACAAUAACAUUGUUGGGUCAGUUAUUUGAAUAUAAAAAGGCAAGAGAAGUAUGGGUUUUUGGUGUUAUCAGAGGUUAUGUAUUAAGAGGAAUAAUUGAUGAAUUAAGAAUUGAAUAUGAUAACGUAUCCAGGAGAGAAUUUUUAAUAAUUUCUGAUACAAAAACUAGAAAAGAAAAAAAAGAACCAAGUUUAGCUCAGAAAAGAACAUCUGCUAUACAAGUACAAACAUAUUGUUUAUUAUUACAAUAUUUAAGAAAUGGAAAAGCUGAUUUUAAAAAGCUAUUUGAAAUAUAUGAAUGUGAUCCCAUGUUUGAAUUUACUGCUAUUGAUUUGUUAAAAUAUAAAAACUUAGAAAAUUUAGGAAAAGCUGUUAAUAGUCUUUUUCUUAGAUUACCAAAGAUUAAGGAAGAAAUGGAAAUAGUUUAUGAACACCAAGGCGUGGAAUUUUCUAGAAAUCACAUCCCAUAUUUUUACCAUUCUACAUUAUAUACUAUUAAUAUUUUGUUGGACUACUGGGAUGGCAAGCGUUCUUCUGAUGUUGUAGAAAAUUCGGACAAGUGGAAAUGCAAGUUCUGUGAUUUCGUCAAAAAUUGCGUCAGAUGUCCGCUCGAUACCUGA